ACGAUUGCAUUUACAGAAAGUACAUUAAAUGUACUUAAUUCUAUGUACUUUCAACCCUUUCAACUAAUAUUUUUGGUUCAUAAAGAAUCGACUCUGACAUAUAUAGUAGCAAAAUUGUUUCGUGUAUUAUAUGUUAAAAUUGCAAAGUGACAUUAAAUUUCAGAAGUUGUGAAGUAUAUAGUUGCUUCUCAGUACUUGAUGAUAGUUGGUUGGAAACCAUAUAUACAUAGAGUACUAUUAAAACAAAAUCCUUGAUAACGAAAGAAAAUUAUUUGUAAAAAAUGGUUGUAACUGAAAAAGUUAAGUUGCCUGAUGAAUCUGAGUUAACUGUUCAAGAAAUAAAUCUUACUUAUCCUAUAUUACAAGCUGCUUCUUUUUAUGUAGGAAAGAAGUGUGAGUGGCAAAGUAAUGAAUUUAUGUUAUGUAGGGAAGAAGAAAAAGAUGCACGACGUUGUAUAAAUGAAGGGAAAGCUUUAACAGCUUGUGCUUUAGAUUUUUUUAAGCAACUAAAAAAACAUUGCAGAGAAGAUUUCGAACAGUAUGUGCGUUGUAUAGAAAGAUCAUCAGGAACCAUGGAACUCAGCAAUAAAUAUUGUAUCAUAGAUGUCGAAAAACUCAAGCAGUUGUGGAUAAGUGUGUGUUGGAUAAACUCAAUAUUGAACGACCUGCUUUUGGAUACUUUUGUGAAGCUAAAAUACAUGAUUCUUCAAGGCCACGGCCUAAAGAAGAAGUUCCUGAAUUCCCAGAUGCACUGCCACCAUUGCCAAAGGAAAAACCUGAAGUUCCUGGCAAAUAUGGUAGCCGAUACCUCUUUUCCUAAAUUGCUUAUUUAAUGAUGUUAGCAUAUUAGAAGUUGUGUAAAACUUAUUUAACAUUAUAUGACAACAUUAUAAUAAUAUUUAAUUGUUGUCUAUAUGUUCUAUUAAUAUAUAAAAAUUUUAACGGACAAAUAAAUUUCAUUCA